AAUAAAUAAUGCGGAGGAUUGUCUGCAUCAAGGCAGUGCAGAAUAUAUAUGCUUCUAAGCUUCCCUAAUUCUUUUGAUCUCUUUUACGCGAGUCGACAUAUUAUUUUCACCCUCCAUAUUACGACCUCAAUAUUGCUAGCAAUACAUAUUAUGGAUCAUGAAAAACCUCAAGCGGUGAUUCCACCGCAAAUAUUUGAAUUCGAUAUUGAUCAAAGUCAAAGUCGGACGAGCCCAGAUGUAGAGCCCGAUUAUCCUGAAGACCGUCGGGAACGCCGAGGAGAGAGUUUGUGGUACGCAAACUUGUACUAGUCAAUGAUUACAACUACUAAUUAUCAUCAGGAGAACACUGAGUGAACGGCACAUUAAUGUGAGUUGUUAGACUAUGGCUGGGCUUGAUAAAGGCAGAAACAAUGGCUGACGACGUCCAUCGCAUGCUAGAUGAUAGCAUUUUCUGGGUACGUUUCUCGAAUUCAACAUUUGGCCGGGCAUAUGAAUAACGGAAUAUGGUUCUAGGACAAUUGGCAAUGGUCUCUUUCUUGGAAGUGGUAGAUCUCUCGCCGGAGCUGGACCAGGUGGGGCAGUCAUGGCAUAUAUUAUCAUGGGAACGGUUGUUUCGUCUGUUAUAUCCUGCUUAGGUGAAAUGACAGCUCUUAUGCCUGUCAAUGCUCCAGUCGUGGAAUUCCCUCGAAGAUUCUUGGAUCGUGGUGUUGGGUUCGCUGUUGGAUGGAUGUAUUGGUGAGCAAGUAUCAAUCAUUGUUUUACUCGAGCAGAAAUUUUAACAUGUCGAAGGUUUGCUUGGGCCGUCACCGCUGCAGAGGAAUUAGUAGCUGUUUCUGGAACUCUCGGUUUUCAUUACGAUGAUGGGAAAACUUUUCUAGCUUGGAGAAUAGGCGAAAGUGUCGACCCUGCUGUUUGGAUUGGAUUGUUCUUAAUAAUUGUCACCGCCAUCAAUAUGUUUCCUGUGAAAGUAAGUUUUCAUUAGAUCCGGUUGCCCAUCAUUGUUAUUGACGACAACCACAGUACUUUGGAGAAUUAGAGUAUGCCUUUGGCUGCAUCAAAAUCAUUUUCAUCACAAUGAUCAUCGUUUUGAUGCUUAUUCUUGACACUAUGCAGCGUGCGUUCAGUGUUUCAACCAAUCUACAACGCUAACUAAUCUAUAGCUCGUUCCAAUGCAUAUUAUGCAUCACCUCCGAACUCCAAAUGUGACUAUCCUCUAGCACAUAAUACUACGCUGAGUUAAUUACUGAUCUUCUUGUUCAGAUUGGUGUUCUCCAUGGGGAUUUUUCAACCACGCCUAUUCUGUCCGAGAUGAGGAAGGGAAUGUACAACGAAAAAUUGAAGGGUCUACUGGUUCAUUUCUUGGGAUGUGGUAUGUUAACCGCCCACCAUACCGGCCUUUAAUCACUAAUCAUUUCCACAGGACAACGAUUAUCAAUGUUAUUUUCUCAUAUACUGGAAUGGAUAUCGUAGCAGCAACAGCUGCAGAAUCGAAAUCGCUUGCCAAUGCUGAGAGUAUGAAGAUGGCUGCAAGGAAAAUCUCAAUCCGUAUCGUUACUCUUUACACCAUGGCCAUGAUCACUGCAUCUUUCGUAGUACCAUACACACAUCCCUUUAUCAAUGGAAAAGGUCAAUCGGUCGGUGCUCAUUCUAUCUUUGUUAUCGCCGUCGUCGAAGCAGGUUUACCGGCUAUGGCUCAUUUCUUCAACGCCAUCUUCGCUUUUGCAUCCUUCACUUGCGCUAUCAAUUCCAUGUAUGUGGCAUCGAGAGUUUUACAUACUCUAGCUCUGCAAGACCAAACUGGACCGGAAUUUAUCGCGAGGAGAUUAAGACAAACUAGAUCGGGUGUGCCGGUCAGAGCAGUGUUGGCAACGGCUUCUAUGGCUCUAGUGGCUUUUAUGGGUAGGACUGGGACAACUGCACUUGUGAGUAUCUGGAAAAUAUACAUAUCGCAAUACUCCAAGACUAAACGAAUCAAUAGCGUCUGAGUGAAUUGGCAUCAAACUGCACCUCAUCAAUUUUGAUCGUCUACGCCACUAUCUGCGCUACCUAUCUCGGAUUUUUCCGAACGUAUGUCUUAACUUCUUCUUUCCUCUUGCAUUUUCCCAGAAGUUUUUGUCUCAUCUAGUUCAUGCACUAACGCCACAAAUGACAGACUGGAAGAUACUAAACUCUAUGGAAAUGCAUCGGAGCGUCAAGCAGCGCAUUAUGAUCGUGAUCAUCCACGAUAUCCCUACAAAUCCCACGGUCAGUGGCUGAAAGGCUUUUACGGUAUGUCGGCAUGCAUUAUCCUCGUUACAUUCAACGGUGUUGCCGCAUUCCUCGAGAGGCCUUUUGAUGUUAGGAGAUUCAUCGCAAGUUAUAUAUCUGUAUGUUUCUUCCCACUCGUCUACUCACCGUUACCUCCUUGCCACUAGCAAAAUAUCUAAUAAAUUUCCCUUUACCACAGAUACCAGUCUUUAUCCUCCUAAUCAUCGGCUACAAAGUCCAUAAACAUGGAUUCAGAAUACGAAAUUGGGGGCCGGAAAGAUCAAAUGAUUUGAGGAAUACGAUACAAGCGGCAUCGGAGAAGAGAAAGGGAAGAUUAGAAUUCCCGGAUGAGGGAUUGAGUGUGGAGAAUUUCAAAACUUGGGCGCAUUGGUUGUGGGUUUGGACGAGAUAGAGAUGGAGAUUGGGGGCUGGUGUUGGGUUUGCAUUUGGGUUAUUUGUUAUUAUUAUGGGGGUUUGAAGAGUGGGGUGGGAAUGGGAUGGAUAUGAAUCUUCAGUGGUUAUAGGUAAGGAUGGGAUAGGCUCGAGGAUAUUUUGGGCUUGGAAAUGAACUAAAGGACUCAAGGAAUAGGACACCUGGUAAUGGAUAUUAGAUACGGAAUUGGCUGGAAAGGGAUAACUAUGGCGUCAGGGCUUUUAAUGGAUUAUAUAUGGAGCCUUGCACAGUAUCACGCUACAUAGGUUACUGACGCAAUACAGAAAUGAAGGGGUGGAUACCUG